AUGCAGACCCGAGAGGAGGAGGUGACAUGGACCAACUUCAGAAGGAGAUUCUUGGAGAAGUACUUUCCAGAUAGCGCUAAACACGAGCAUGAGGCGGAAUUUCUCACUCUAAAGCAGGGGAGUUUGUCGGUGCAGGCAUAUGUGGAGAGGUUUGAAUAUCUCUCGAGGUUCUACUCACAGACUGUUACUGAGGAGUGGCAUUGCAGAGAACAUCUGAGGAGAGAUUGCACUAAACCAGCUGGCAGUGGAGGCAACAGUGUUAGCACUCGUAAGUGCUAUGCAUGUAAUCAGCCGGGGCACUUUGCUAACAAGUGUCCUAAUAAGAAUACCACCCCUGGAUCACGAUCUCAGCCACCUUCGUCUGAUAGACUGAGAGCAGUAGGCCGAGUAUUUGUCAUGACCAACACAAAGGCCACCCGGUCAGGUAACCUCAUUCUAAAUUACUGCUUAUUGUAUGGUAAUAGUGUGUUUGUGCUAUUUGACUCAGAAGCUUCACACUCCUUCGUAUCCCACGACUGUGUGAAGAAGCUGGGAUUGUCGACUCGUGACCUGGGAUGCGAGUUGAUACUCUCGACACCAGCAUUUGGACAAGUUUCAACAAAUUUAGCCUGUGUUGGAUGCUCGAUGGAAGUAGAGGGCAUGUGA